AUGAAUUCCAGUGCAUCGAUCCCAUGCACUUCUUGGUUCGGAGGAGUUUGCAAUGCUGAUGGGAGCAUUCAGAAGUUGAACCUCACGUCAUCUAGAUUACGAGGGAUGAAGCCCCUGAACAAAUGGGGUCUGGGGCCAGCAUCCCCGGGAGUGGGGUCUAAGGGGCAGUAUCCCUGGGAGCGGGGUCUAAGGAUUGAGAGUACCACCCAAAUACUUGAAUAUGAAAAUGUUAUACACAAUUCUCAGGAUUUCCAAGUGUUUUACCCCUCUUUUCUAACACGAGAGAAUAAGUUUUCUGGUGAAAUCCCACCUGAAAUAGGAAGCAUGAUCACACUUGAGUUCCUAGACAUAUCCUCAAACAAUAUAUCAAGGUCAAUUCUUCCUUCAGUAUUGGGUGCUUUGACAUCUUUGUUUGUCCUUUCUUUGUACCAAAAUCAACUCUCAGGUGCCAUUCCUAUUGAACUUGGGAAUUUGAAAUCUCUCACUUUUCUUGAGGUGAGCAUGAAUCAGCUUAGUGGCACCAUUCCUUCAUCACUAGCAAACUUGAGCAACCUACAACAUUUGUACCUUGAUGAGAACAAUUUAUCUGGUACCAUUCCUAUUGAACUUGGGAAUUUAAAAUCUCUCACUUUUCUUCGGGUGAGCAAGAAUCAAGUAAGUGGCAACAUUCCUUCAUCACUAGCAAACCUGAGCAACCAAUAUCGUUUGAAUCUGGCUCAUAAUAAGUUAUCUCUGGUCCCAUUCCUAUUGAUCUUGGGAAAUUGA